AUGAGGAAAGUGUUUCAUGUACGAAUCGUGGGGAUUCUUCUAUGGAUGUGUGUGUGGGUUUGUUGUAAUGGGGAAGGAGAGUAUGUACUGUACAAGGACCCUAAACAGAGAGUGUCAGAUCGAGUUACGGAUUUGUUGGGUAGAAUGACUCUUGAAGAGAAGAUUGGUCAGAUGGUGCAGAUUGAUAGAAGUGUUGCCACUGUUAACAUUAUGAGAGAUUACUUCAUCGGCAGUGUAUUAAGUGGUGGUGGAAGUGCUCCACUUCCUGAGGCAACUGCCCAGAAUUGGGUUGAUAUGAUAAAUGAGUAUCAGAAGGGAGCUCUAGCGAGUCGUUUGGGCAUUCCUAUGAUAUAUGGCAUUGAUGCCGUUCACGGGCAUAAUAACGUCUACAAUGCUACUAUCUUCCCUCACAAUGUUGGUCUUGGAGCCACUAGGGAUCCUGAUCUGGUUAAGAGGAUUGGAGCAGCAACUGCAGUCGAAGUCAGAGCCACCGGGAUUCCAUACACAUUUGCUCCUUGCAUUGCAGUUUGUAGAGAUCCCAGAUGGGGUAGGUGUUAUGAGAGCUACAGUGAGGAUCACAAAGUUGUGGAAGACAUGACUGAUGUCAUACUUGGUUUACAAGGAGAGCCUCCUUCCAACUAUAAGCACGGAGUUCCAUUCGUUGGUGGCAAGGAUAAAGUUGCAGCUUGUGCCAAGCAUUAUGUGGGAGAUGGUGGGACAACAAGAGGAAUUAACGAGAACAACACGGUGACUGAUUUACACGGUCUUCUCAGCGUUCACAUGCCUGCUUAUGCUGAUGCAAUUUACAAAGGUGUUUCCACUGUCAUGGUUUCAUAUUCGAGCUGGAACGGUGAGAAGAUGCAUGCGAAUACCGAGCUUAUCACAGGGUAUCUCAAGGGUACUCUUAAGUUUAAGGGUUUUGUUAUUUCGGAUUGGCAAGGCGUUGAUAAGAUCUCUACACCACCGCAUACACACUACACAGCUUCUGUCCGAGCUGCAAUUCAAGCUGGCAUUGAUAUGGUCAUGGUCCCCUUCAACUUCACUGAGUUUGUCAAUGAUCUUACGUCCUUGGUGAAGAACAAAGUAAUUCCUAUCACCCGCAUCGAUGAUGCUGUGAAAAGAAUCCUGCUUGUCAAGUUCACCAUGGGUCUUUUUGAGAACCCUAUUGCUGAUUACAGCUUUUCCAAUGAGCUAGGAAGCCAGGCACACAGAGACUUAGCGAGGGAGGCUGUUAGGAAAUCGCUUGUGCUACUGAAAAACGGGAACAAAACCAAUCCUAUGCUUCCACUUCCCAGGAAGACUUCAAAGAUCCUAGUCGCUGGCACUCACGCUGAUAAUUUAGGUUACCAGUGUGGUGGUUGGACCAUAACUUGGCAAGGAACUAGCGGUAACAAGAACACGAGAGGGACGACUGUUCUUGGCGCUGUAAAAUCAGCUGUUGAUCAAAGCACUGAAGUUGUCUUUCGCGAAAACCCAGAUGCUGAAUUCAUCAAGUCGAACAACUUUGCUUACGCAAUCAUUGUUGUUGGUGAACCUCCGUACGCAGAGACAGCUGGAGAUAGUGGCAAGCUAACCAUGAUGGAUCCAGGUCCAGCCAUUGUUACCUCGACUUGUCAGGCUGUCAAAUGUGUGGUUGUGGUCAUUUCAGGCAGACCACUUGUGAUGGAACCUUACGUUGCCUCGAUCGAGGCAUUGGUUGCAGCGUGGCUACCUGGAACAGAAGGCCAAGGUAUCAGUGAUGCUCUCUUCGGGGACCAUGGCUUCAGUGGAAAACUACCUGUUACAUGGUUUAGAAACAUGGAGCAAUUGCCUAUGAGCUAUGGAGAUUCACAUUAUGACCCGCUUUUCGCUUACGGGUCUGGUCUUGAAACUGAGUCUGUUGCGAGCAUUGUUGCUAGGUCAACCUCAGCUUCUGCUGCUAGCACAAAGCCCUGCUUAAUCACAGUCAUUGUUUCUGCUACAUUUUGUCUGUUUCUCUUCCCAAGGUAUCAUCAUCACCAUUCAACAGUUAACUUCCGUUUUGAUUUCACUACAGAAACUGAUAAGAAUCUGACAUUUCUGAAUUUUGUCCCUAACUACGAAUGGAAAGAUCAACCUGAAGCCACUCUUCUCAUCAUUGAUCUUCCAGGAGCAAAUGAGGGUACAGGUGACCACAUCAAACAUGUUAAGAGUUAA